UGUGAAAUUGUAAUUUUUUUUUUUUUACAAAUAAAAGUUAUGAAUUUGUAAACAAAAAACAAACAAAAGCCAACAACAAAACGAGUUAUUUACUUACACUUAGAGGAAAAACUGACAACUGCAAACAGGGAAGCUAAGUUCACUGAAAAGCGGAAGUGCUCGUGUGCGAGUUGAUCUACAGACAGUAGAGGGAGAACGAGAUAAAGAGAAAUGGCGCCUUGGUACUCCACUCUUUAAGACAGUGCAACAUACAGAGAAGGACAAAUAAAAACAUGGUGAAUACCCGGAGGAGCUCCUUGCCAUUGUCGCACAGUACCAACCAUUACAUCUCAUCCAGGACCAGAUCAUCUGCCAGAAACACAACCAGUUUGGAGGAACACAAUCAUAAAGACCCAGAUAGCGAUGCUAGUUCCAGUGGUGCCCACUUAUCGCCUCCAUCUAAACGCACCCGCAGGCACACCGACACAGUAUCCAGUGACAAUUCACCCAACCUCCGAUCCAAAGUGCAGAGGGAGGAGUGGAGUAUCCACACGCGACAAUCCAGGUUAGCUAGCGGUGCAGGAGCUUCAUUACAAAAUGGACACGGAAGCUUAUCUCGUACAAGUCAUCCACGGAGGGGUGAGGGCAGCGGGGAUGCAGACCACUCGCACAUCAAUGGUGUUCUGGAGGUUGGGAGAAGCCGUUCAUCCAAGAGGAACAGAUUUGACACCUUGAAUCAGAGCAUGCUGUUUGACCGGCUUGUGAACAGUACCGCAGAGGCUGUGCUUCAGGAAAUGGACAACAUCAGCAGCAUCCGACAGAACAGAGAGGUGGAACGGCUUCGCAUGUGGACCGACACAGAGCUUGAGAACAUGGACAUGUAUUCAAGGGUUAAACGGAGGAGGAAGUCGCUGAGGAGGAACACCUCUGGAAUCCAGCCUCAUCACAAAGUAAUGAGUGAAGCUGAGGGAGACGAGGGAGGCACGGAAGAGUCUCACGAUGAGGAGGAAGAUGAUGAGGACGAUGAGGACGAUGAAGACGAUGACGAAGUCGAUGAAGUGGAAGAGGCUGAAGAGGAGAACGACCGGCCCUACAAUCUGAGACAGCGCAAGACCGUGCAGAGAUACCAAGCACCACCCAUAGAGCCAGCCAGUCGGAAACAAAGACAGAACACAUUGUUUGAUACACACAGAUCUCCUGCAAGAAGAAGCCAUAUACGGGUAAAGAAGCAUGCUAUUCACAGCAGCGACACAACGUCCUCGUCGGAUGAAGAGCGCUUUGAGAUCAGGAAAUCCAAAAGCAUGACAAGAGCACGCAACAGGUGCCUCCCUAUGAACUUGAGACCAGAACACUUGGCGAGUGGGGUCCUGCGAGAUCGGGUGAAAGUAGGGGCCAGUUUAGCAGAUGUAGAUCCUAUGAGUGUGGACUCCUCAGUUCGGUUUGACAGUGUCGGAGGCCUGGCCCAUCAUAUUCAAGCACUGAAGGAGAUGGUGGUUUUUCCUCUUCUGUAUCCUGAAGUAUUUGAGAGGUUUAAGAUUCAGCCUCCAAGAGGCUGUUUGUUCUACGGCCCUCCUGGCACAGGGAAGACGUUGGUUGCUCGAGCCCUCGCCAACGAGUGCAGUCAGGGGGACCGGAAGGUGGCGUUCUUUAUGAGAAAAGGAGCCGACUGUCUAAGCAAAUGGGUGGGCGAGUCGGAACGGCAGCUUAGGCUUCUGUUUGAUCAGGCUUACUUGAUGCGGCCAUCUAUUAUCUUUUUUGAUGAAAUUGAUGGGUUGGCACCUGUUCGGUCAAGCCGGCAAGAUCAAAUUCACAGCUCCAUUGUUUCAACGCUGCUAGCUCUGAUGGAUGGCCUGGAUAACAGAGGGGAAAUAGUUAUCAUUGGUGCUACAAACAGACUUGAUUCUAUUGACCCUGCACUCAGGAGACCCGGGCGCUUCGACAGGGAGUUUCUUUUCAACUUGCCUGAUAAAAAGGCCCGAAAGCACAUUUUACAAAUUCAUACCAGGGACUGGAACCCUAAAUUAGCCGACGCCUUCCUAGAGGAGCUGGCUGAAAAAUGUGUUGGCUACUGUGGAGCUGACAUCAAAGCACUUUGCACUGAGGCUGCCUUGGUCGCCCUUCGCCGGCGCUACCCCCAAAUUUACGCAAGUAGUCAGAAGUUGCAGCUUGACGUCUCCUCUAUCGUUCUCGGUCCGCAGGAUUUUUACUAUGCCAUGAGGAGCAUUGUGCCUGCGUCACAGCGGGCCCUGGCGCCCCCAGGGAAAGCGCUUUCCUCUGUCAUUAGGCCUCUGCUGGAGAGCACCUUCAAUGGAAUCCUGGCCACUUUACACAGGGUGUUCCCCCACGCAGAGCUCUCACAGGGCGACACGAAAGAAGAUAUUGUCAGCGAACUCUUGCAAGAGGACAUUUACAGCGAUGAUGACAACGAUGGUGCUCCAUCUAUUUUUGAUGCUCAUUCGCACUUAGGAUCUCCAAAGAAACAGCCAUCAGCAACUACACAUAAACCCUUCCUUCAUUUCACAAC